GACUUUUUGUAACGUGUAGCAAAAGGUACGAGGAAAAAUGAAGAAGGUGCUGAGAGUAUACGGCGGCGUUUUGAGGCUGGUCCGGCUUUUGCCGGCGGACACGAGGCCUUACUACGCCAAGUACGCAAGGGAGAACUUCGUUAACUACCGUGAAGUCGACGUAAGCGAAACACCCCUCGACGAACUCUAUCAACGAGCUUACAAUCACUCUCUCUGGGUACUCAAAAAGUAUUCGAUUGACGAAUCCGCGGCGAAGAAGAUGAAGGAGAUUUGUUUCGAAUGAUAAAGCGCACCACCUGUUCGACGUUAUUCCCCUGAGAGUUUCGAACAAGUUUUUUUUUUUCAACGCGUGUGUUCUACUUUUGAUAUAAAGUGUCAUAGCUAUAUCGAGAAACAGAGGUUGUUCAUGUGUCUUUUUCUUUCCUUUUUGUUCUCUUGACUUUCUGUGCUUGCAGGCAUGUGUUGACUGCUAAACAUGUCUUGUUUGUUUGCUUGAUCCUGAAUAAAUUGUUAUGACUUUACA